GUUAAAAUUAGCAUUAAACCUUAUUCUAAAUCUCUUAUAUACAGAGAGCGGAACGGUAAGCAGUUACAGAGUGACUAUCCACCUUCAAUAUGGAUUUGAGGCAAAUUAUGGAAGAGAAGGAGAGAAAAAAGCUGAAGGAGACCGAAAGAGCUGAAGGAGCGGAUCUGAUGGAGACAAAGGAGAAACCCUGCAUAUUGGCCACCAUUGGACAAGAGGGCAUCUACAAGUGUUUCGCAUCAUGCAUUGAGAAGCAUUUCACAAUAAUCAACUCUGACACAUUUGUUCAGGAAAGAGAGCUCUUGGUCCACAAGAUCCAGGCCAUCUUUGUGUUGGGUCAGUCCAUAAAGGUUGAUCACAGUCUGCUACAGUCUUUGCCCAAACUCAAAGUUGUUGUGAAUGGUGGAGUAGGGGUGGACCACCUGGAUAUUCCUUUGAUCAACAGCUUUGGAGUGAAGGUUUGCAACACUCCUCAUGUUGUGGACAAUGCCACAGCGGACAUUGGUAUGGGCCUGAUGUUGGCAUCUGCAAGGAAGCUUGUUCAAGGCCAUAACUUUUCACAGUACCAUGAAUCAGAGAGCUUAUUGGAGUCUUUAUUGGGUAACGAUGUUAGCGGUGCCACCCUGGGGAUUAUUGGCAUGGGAAGAAUAGGAUAUAAGGUUGCCAAAAGGGCCCAGGGUUUCGACAUGAAGAUCCUCUAUCACAAUAGGCAUCGAAGGACAGAGGAGGAAGAGAAAGCAGUAGGAGCUGUGUACUGUGAGAAGAUGGAGGAGCUGCUGAAGAAAUCAGACUUUGUCAUGCUAGUGGUCAAUCUUUCUCCACAGACGCAGAAACUAAUUGGUGCUAAAGAACUGGCCAUGAUGAAACCCAGCAGCACCCUCAUUAACAUCAGCAGAGGUUUGGUUGUUGACCAGGAUGCGCUGCUAGAUGCCCUCCAGAGGAACAUCAUAAAAGCUGCAGCUUUAGAUGUGACAUACCCAGAGCCACUUCCAAGAGACCACCCCUUACUGUCAUUUCCAAACGUGAUAGUGCUGCCUCACAUGGGGACGCAUACAGUGGAGACGACCCGGGUGAAGGUGGAGACAAUGGUGAUCAAUGCCCUGGCUACAUUGAAUGGUGAACAGCCUCCUAACGAAGUUAAGAUAUAGGCCAGGCCUGACGCUCACCACGCCCAUCUAUCAUGCUUCCCUCCAGAGCUA